ACAGAGGCAGAGGGAGGCUGAAGCUAUAGUGUAAUCCAAGCAGAUGAUCUCAAUGGACGAGUGUGAGGAGGAGGAGAGAAAGGGAAAGAGAGAAAGGAAGGAAUAACUUGAGGAUUUGAGAGCACACAGCAGUGACAGGAGUUUGUGUCGUGUCUUUUUUAGCUUUUCCUUUGGUGUGGAAUAUCCUUAGCUGGUUAUUUUUAGAUAUUAAUUAACUAUAACAUUGUAAACUAUAACACUGUGGAUGUAUCUAGCUACGUCGUUCCUCGACAGCAUCUAUCUAGCUAAGAUCUGACCAAAUCUGAGUGUUUGAGUCUUUAAUCUGAGUUGAAGCUGCUGGAAUUGUCUUUUUCAGCACCAUGUGUGGGAAAUUAAGGCUGUAGUGCUGAAUAUGUUGCUUGUCAACGUUAGUUAAGGGUUUGGUAUCUUGUAGGGGAUAAUUCUAGCUAGGUCUGAUAGCUCUUUCAAACAGCACCAAUAAAAGAUGAUCCAUAAUGGGACACCGGACUGACACAUCCAUGAAGAUGAGCCACAGGAGCAGCCCCGCAAAAGCCUAUGAUUUCCUUCUGAAAUUUCUGCUGGUGGGAGACAGUGAUGUGGGCAAAGGGGAGAUACUGGCCAGUCUGCAGGAUGGAUCUAGUGAAUCUCCAUAUGGAUAUAACAUGGGGAUUGAUUAUAAAACUACCACUAUCCUACUUGAUGGACGCCGAGUUAAGCUGCAGCUUUGGGACACCUCUGGACAGGGACGUUUCUGCACCAUCUUCCGCUCUUACUCCAGAGGAGCACAGGGUGUUAUCCUUGUAUAUGACAUCACAAAUCGCUGGUCCUUUGAUGGAAUUGACAGAUGGAUUAAAGAGAUUGAUGAGCAUGCGCCAGGAGUGCCAAAGAUCCUGGUGGGGAACCGUCUGCACUUGGCUUACAAGCGUCAGGUGACCACUGAAAAUGCCCAGGCCUUCGCAGAGAGGCUAGGGGUUACCUUCUUUGAGGUCAGCCCUCUGUGCAACUUCAACAUCACAGAGUCCUUCACUGAAUUGGCACGCAUUGUUUUAAUGCGGCAUGGCAUGGAGAGACUGUGGAGACCCAACAAAGUGUUGAGUCUGCAGGACCUGUGCUGCCGAUCCAUUGUCUCCUGCACACCCGUGCACCUGGUAGACAAACUCCCACUUCCUGUUGCCUUAAAGAGCCACCUCAAGUCCUUCUCCAUGGCCAACGGCCUCAACGCUCGCAUGAUGCACGGGCGCUCCUACUCCGUCAUCGCCAGCAGCGCAAAGAAGAGGAACGGAACAAAAAAAUCCAAACUCAUCUACCCACCCCUGAGCCCGUCCCAGAGCUGCGCAAGAACCAGCUGCAAGAUAUCAUAGUGUAAUGACACGGUGUGCACUCGCAACGUAUACACACAGCCACAGUUUACAACAUGAGGCAAUGCUCAAAGUCAACAGGGUUUUACUUAAGUGAAGACGUCUCCCAGUGACUCAUGGCUACCAGUGCCCAUGAUCUUUCAUUAAACCCAGAUACUUGGGGCGCGUUCCCCGCACCAGAUCUGAAUGUGAGUGCUCAAAGAGAUUGAACAGACCCAGAAGAAGGGAUGUUUCAGAGUGUAAAGCCAUUAUUUCACCCUAUUUUGCAUAUAUGUACAGAAUAUUCCAUCCUGUUUGUAAAUGACGAGUUGUAAAAUGUAAAGGUACUGCAUUUUGGACGUUGAAGACAUGAAAUAUUUUACAGAGCUUGGACCAAGCAAGCAUUAGGGCAGAGAAAACAGUCCUGUGUUUUUUGGGAUAAUUUUCUGAGUGGACCUAGUUGAUAAUACCAGCUUGUUUUCUUACUUUUAUUCUAAUGCUCUUCAGGGUACAUGUAUUGAACAAACGUCAGUGUUGAGAAAUGCAGCUCUUUGUAUUGUGUAUUUAAGUCAUGUUGUUUGAUACUAUAUUAUUAUUAUUCUUAAUUAUUGUAAUGCACUUGAACAGUGAACAAUAUUGUAAUAUUUUGUAUGAGUGACACCAAAGACAUGGCAGAUUGAAUAAGAAACUUACCAACACUAAUACGAUUUGUUACGGAUUCACUAUGGGCACUAAUAUUUCAACUACACUACAGAUCAACACUGAUUCUUAACUAGAUAUCGGUUUUGUUCUGUUUCAUUUUUUUUAAUAAAAGUGUGUUACCAACAGGA